AUGACAUCCUCUGUUUGUCCUGUCCAAUCCGAGGUUAUCAACACUACCAAACAGAUUUUGAGGCCUGUGAAUGAGUCCAGGAAGCUUGACUACAUCAGAGCCCAUUUGGAUAAAAUCAAUAAGCCUCCUGUUAAGACAAUUCAGAGUCUGGAUGGGGAUAUCAUAGAUUGUGUAUUGUCACACGAACAACCAGCUUUUGAUCAUCCUUCGUUAAAAGGGCAAAAGCCAUUGGAUCCACCUAUAAGGCCGAAAGGUCACCAAUCAAAACAUGAAAUUUUCGACGAAAAUUUCCAACAAUGGAGCUCGACCGGCGAAAUUUGUCCGGAAAACACGAUUCCGAUCCGAAGAACAACCGAACAAGAUAUGUUACGAGCGAAAUCAAUCCGAAGAUUCGGACGAAGAAUUCCGAAAACGGUUAGAAGAGAUUCUACUAGCAAUGGCCACGAGCAUGCUGUGGGGUAUGUGAGUGGAGAUGAGUACUAUGGAGCUAAAGCAAGCAUAAAUGUGUGGGCCCCACGGGUUGCAAGCCAAUACGAGUUUAGUUUAUCACAAAUUUGGGUAAUUGCAGGCUCAUUUGGGGUUGACCUAAACACAAUUGAAGCUGGUUGGCAGGCACGUCACACCCCAGAGCUUUAUGGCGACAACCGUCCCAGAUUUUUCACUUACUGGACAAGUGAUGCAUAUCAGACAACAGGCUGUUACAAUUUGAUGUGCUCAGGCUUUAUUCAAACCAACAAUAGAAUAGCAAUUGGAGCUGCAAUUUCACCAACUUCGUCUUACAAUGGCGGUCAAUUCGAUAUUAGUUUAUUGAUAUGGAAGGACCCAAAGCAUGGGAAUUGGUGGCUAGAAUUUGGAAAUGGUGUUUUGGUUGGCUAUUGGCCGUCGAUUUUAUUCACACAUCUGAAGCAUGGUGCGGGCAUGGUCCAAUUUGGGGGAGAAACUGUAAAUAGCGAAAAAUCGGGGUCCCACACGUCAACCCAAAUGGGCAGCGGGCAUUUUGCAGAAGAGGGGUUCGGAAAAGCCUCAUAUUUCAGAAACCUACAAGUGGUCGAUUGGGACAAUAAUCUAAUACCCAUAUCAAAUCUUCAUGUUUUGGCCGAUCAUCCAAAUUGUUAUAAUGUAAGGGGUGGAAUUAAUAGAGUUUGGGGGCAUUAUCCUGAAUGGGACGAGGACCACCCGAUUCACUUCGUGGGGCAUUCGGCCGGUGCACAGGUUGUUCGGGUCUUGCAGCAAAUGCUUGCUGAUAAGGCAUUCAAGGGAUAUGAGAACUCGUCGCCAAAUUGGGUCUUGAGCAUAACCUCAUUGUCCGGUGCAUUCAAUGGCACCACAAGAACCUAUUUAGAUGGCAUGCUGCCUGAAGAUGGAAUGUCAGUAAAGCCCGUUAGCCUACUCCAAUUGUGCCGAAUUGGGGUAAUCUUAUAUGACUGGUUCGAUAUCCAGUGGCUGAAAAAUUACUACAAUUUCGGUUUCGAUCAUUUCAACUUGUCAAGAAGGAAAAUCGGCAUAUGGGGCCUCGUGAAUUGCCUCAUGGGCAAAACCGGCCCGUUUGCCUCCGGCGAUUGGAUUCUUCCUGAUCUUACUAUCCAAGGUUCCAUUCGGCUGAACAAUCGUAUUCAGACAUUUCCAAAUACUUACUAUUUUAGCUACGCAACUAAACGAACGAGAAAGGUAAUGGGAGUUACAAUCCCUUCGGGCCUGCUCGGGAUCCACCCGUUAUUGUUCAUCCGAGUUUUGCAGAUGAGCCAAUGGAGGUAUCCUGUGGAUAUCGUGCCUCCGUAUAAAGGUUACCGCGAUGAAGAUUGGUGGGACAAUGAUGGAGCACUGAACACAAUAUCUAUGACGCACCCUCGUUUUCCAGUCGAGCACCCGAGCCAUUUUGUCGUAAAGGAUUCAGAUUGUCAACCUUUACAGCCUGGCAUCUGGUAUUAUAAGAUUGUCGAGGGUGAUCACAUUCUUUUCAUAGUGAACCGAGAAAGAGCAGGCGUCCAAUUCGAUCUAAUAUACGAUAGCAUAUUCGAGAGAUGCAGAAAACAUGCUUUCAGAAAGAAGCCUACAUUGCCAAAUCAAGUGCACCAAUAG